CUUAAAUGGGCUGCGGAGAGGUCUUCUUUAUAUCUAGAAGUCGUACCACUACAUAUUCCAACCCAAGGAGAAUAUAGUCGGGAUUGUAUGUUUCUUCUUUUGUACAAAAUCAUAGCCUUGUUUUGUUUUCACUUUCAAAAUUUGGCGGGAAGAAGGUUUGUUAGUCUAGAACGUUUCUUACAUGUGGUGUGAAAAUCCAUUCAUUUGAUUCAGGCUAGGAAAAACCCCUGGGAGGGUAGGCCUCGUCUUUGUUAUGGUUUUGAUAGUAAGUUUAAUGGUCCUUGUCACGGUUUUCGACGCCAUCUUGACGAGUAGACAAACGCGUGAGAAAUUUACGGUGUUUGUACGAGAAUCUAAUGUCGAAUAAUUUCCGUAGAACGGCUGUUCCGAAAAAAAAUAUGAAUUGUAAACUAAAGCUUCACUCCUAAGGAUUCUUCUGAAAAAAUUGAGGGCGUUACAUGCCCUAGAAGACCUAGACCCAGUUUUUUAAAUUUUCUCCACACUUGUCUGUAAGUUAAAGUCCCGGGAAAAUUUACAGACAAAUGUAUUUGAAAAUCUAAAGCGAGCCUCCGGAGACAUUUAAGCACAGGUAGGUCCCCCAAUUUUUUUAGUACAAUCCUUUGUUUCGUAGUUAACAAGUCAUAUUUUUUUCAGAACAGCCGUUUUACGGAAAUUAUUCGACAUCAGAUUCUCAUACAAAUUCUGUGAUUUGUCACAUGUUUGCUACUCGUCAAGAUGGCGUCGAAAACCGUGACAAGGUCUAUUAGGUGCUUCACAAUCUGUUGUCGAGUUUUGAGGUUGUUUGUUCGUUCUGCUAGUUUGGGAAAAUAAAAGUUUAAGCUUUUUGUGUUGAGUUAAAAUAAUUUGCCACCCUGUAUUGUUUUAAUUUACUAAUAUACUCGCUUGUUAUUAAUAAUAUUAAUAUUAUUGUUAAUACAUUUUCUUUUUGCAGAUUUUUGGAUUGAUCGACGUGCGCGUGUACCUUUACUAAACACAUGUAGACAAGAUCAAACGUAUCAGAAUGGCGUGUGAGAGUGGGGGGAAUUUGAUGAUUUUGAAUGUGCUAUGAUAUGCCUCAGUUUGUGCUUUUCAGUGACACGAUUCCGAUAAAAUUAUUUCAGUUCGCACGCUGUGAAAGUGACAGUGCUUUGCACUGGACAAAAGGUUUGGCAAACUUUCAGUUGACAUGGGUUUAAAGUUACCAGCACGUUAUUGUCUUUUGUCCACGUUUGCGACUCUGGCAUUCUGGAUUUUUUUCAACGUUAUGUCCUUCAUGUACACUGGUAACAGUAAUUAUGUAACAAGGGGUCAGAGAAGGCAUCUUGAAAAUGACAGCCCAACAGAUUAUUUUUUUGAGAGAGAAUUGGUACAAGAGGACAUCAUUAGCACGCUGGGCAUGAUUCGAAAUCAUGAAGACGAAAGGAUCCGAGAGCAAGGUUAUGGAAAGCAUGCUUUUAAUGAGCUAAUAAGCAACAGAUUAGGUUUUCACCGUGAAAUACAAGAUACAAGACACGAGAUGUAAGUAUGCUAUGUCAAGGCUAAGGGUCAGAAAACACUAUGUAGCAAGUUGCAGCGACGUGUUGCUGCGACAGAUCACUCUGUGUGUACAGGUCAGGCAACUACUUGCAGCGACACGUCGCAGUGGCAAAUCACUUUGUGAAUACUAGAGAAUGUUUGUGAAAAUAUUUAUCCCCGCAACAUAAGUUUGUUGCAGCAAUAAGUCACAAAAAAUUAAAAUCGGACUGAAUUUGUGUGACUUGUCGUGGUGACAAAAUUCUGUUGCAGUGACAAAAAUUCUACAAUAAAUUCUCCAGUACACACGGACCGAUUUGUUGCUGCAACGUGUCAGUGCAACAAAAUAUUAAAUAUUAUCGAGAGCUUCGCUUUUACCCCUGGCUAAAUCUAUAUAUUAUAAUUAAAUGACCCUCUCCUAGAAGGUGGUGUCUGAAGCAAUACUUAGAUCAAAGCAAGAUACUCUCAUAGAAUUGUAGGGAGUGCAAUAGCUGUUAACCCAGCAAAGUGGGUGCCCAGCAAAUAUUUUUUCUGCAAAACUAAGAUAAUUUGUAGGUGAUUCUUUGUUGUCUUAUGGCAAGUUGAAGUCACUUAAGGUUUUUGGUGACUGUUAGACCACAGUCCGCUAAAAUGAUUGGAAUUCUCAAUAGGACUGCUUGAAGAAAGGAAUAAAUAAAGAUUUGGUCUCCAAUUCAUUCAAUACAUGUAUAUUACUCUUCUACAUUAGAUUUGGACCACAAUUUUAGAGGAAACUAUGUUUUAAUAAUUUUGUUUAACUGUUUUUUAGGUGUGGACUGAAGUCUUACCCAUCAAAUUUGCCAUCUGCUAGUGUGAUAAUUUGCUUUCACAAUGAAGCAUGGUCAGCAUUACUACGAACAGUACACAGCGUUCUUGAUCGCACAGCGGAAAAUUUGAUUGUUGACAUUAUUUUGGUUGAUGAUAAGAGCACAUUGGAAGAAUUAAAGGGCAAACUUGAAGACUAUGUAGCCAAAUUUCCUAAAAUUAAAUUAAUUAGGGCUAUAGAGCGUGAAGGGCUUAUACGAGGGAGAAUGUUAGGAGCAAAGCAUGCCUCUGGAGAAGUGUUAGUUUUUCUGGACAGUCAUUGUGAAGUGAAUAAAGAGUGGCUGCCACCACUUUUGGAGAGAAUCAAGGAUAAUGCCAAGACAGUAGUGUGUCCAAUGAUUGACAUAAUCAGCUCAGAAACUUUGGAAUACCAGUCAUCACCACUUGUGCGUGGAGGAUUUAACUGGGGACUUCAUUUUUCAUGGGAACCAGUACCAAACCAUUUGCUUGAUCCAUCUGGGGAUGUAUACCAGCCUAUAAGGUAGAACAGAACUUUUUAGUUCAAGUAAUAUUAUUCAGAUGUUCAAUGUACUAAAGCAUAAAACAACCACCUUGGAGCACUGCUUCUCCCUGUUGAUGGGAUACAUUUCAAGCUAAUCCAUGGCACUGUUUAGUUAAAGGUUUAGAAGCGAUUACAACCUACAUGAUAACUGUAUUCCACUAAUUCUGGCCCCUGAUCUUUUUUUGAAAGACCUUGGUAUGUUUUUUUACUGGCUGAGCUUGCAAAAGAGGCAUGAAAAUAUGAAGUUCUCUUACACUUAUGGAACCUGGGUACAAAUGACAUUUUAGGCUAUCAGUUUCCAUACUCUUUUUGUUUUUUGCUGUUCAGUGCAACAGCUUUUUCCUGCCCUCCCACCCGUUGCCAGUUCAAAAAAUUAAUAAGAGUGUGUUAGUUUGACAGCAUUGUAUUACUAAAAGGUUCAGAAAGGUUUUUUCCUUUGUCCAUUGUAAAUUUUUUGUGACGAUUGUGUGGCAGCCAAAUGGCAUUCAGUGUGUGAGCAAUAUUUAUUUUUACAACAAAUGUUAAAAUUGUUAUACUUUCAUCUUUCCUCAUACAUGUAUCACAACAUGUAAUGUUGUGAUACAUGUAUGAGGAAAGAUGAAAGUCUAACAAAUUUGUGGUUAUUGUUUCAUUCUAACAGGUCACCCACUAUGGCUGGAGGAUUGUUUGCAAUAAAUAGAAAUUACUUCAAUGAACUUGGUCAGUAUGAUGCAGGCAUGGAUAUAUGGGGUGGUGAAAAUUUGGAAAUUUCUUUCAGGGUAAGAAUGAUAGUUGUCUUUUGCAGCUCAACUGUCACACCAUUUUUUUGCCACACAGUUUCCCAGAAUUCCUUGUUAACUACAUUUUAUUGCUUAUACACUUGUCCACAGGCUUCUCAGUGAUUAUCCGUCAAAUGACAUGGCACUCUCCUCUCAUUCAAGCCCCCUCUCCUGCCCCCAACUCAGGUCAAAGCACAUCAGACAAGCAAACAGCUAAACACAUUCAGCAGUCAUUAAUUGAUUCAUUGGAUCAGUCUAUCUUGUUCUAAUUUUGCAUUCUAAGUAAAAGGAAAGUGCCCACCAUGCAUCCAGUUGCCCUGACCUGGAUUGGUGAAGGUGCCUGAAGUAGAAGAUAUCUCAGAAUGGGGUGUUGUUCAGAAUAAUAAGGACCACACUCUAGAAACAUCUUAGUAUAGGCUGGCUUCAUAAAAAUGAGGCCUCAGGGAUAGCAGAACAUUAGACUACUGUCCAGUUGCCAUAGCAAGUUGCUAGAUAAGCAAGAAAACAUUUGCCUCUUUUAGACCCAAGAUAAUUUUUCUAUUUUUUUCUCAUCCUGACUUGAGCAUAAUAAUUUAUUUAUUUAAAUUAUUUAUAGAUUUGGAUGUGUGGAGGAACAUUAGAGAUAAUUCCAUGCUCUAGAGUAGGACAUCUCUUCCGAAGGUGGCGGCCAUAUGGCUCAGACUCCAAAGGUGAUACUCUGUCAUAUAACUCAAUGAGAGUUGCAGAAGUUUGGCUGGAUGACUAUAAGAAGUACUUUUAUCAAGUCAAGAAAAAUCUAGUUGGCAGGCCAUUUGGAAAUGUGAGCACUAGAGUGGCGUUAAGAAAGAAAUUGAACUGCAAGAGUUUUAGAUGGUAUGUGGAGAAUGUUUAUCCAGAACUGCGGUUUCCUGACGAUGGUAAAGCAGCUGCUGCAUGGCAGCGUCCAUCAGAGAAGAAUCCUAUCAUCAAAGAGAAGGGCAACGUAAGUUACUGUAAUCAGUGACAGUUUUAUUUGUGAAACUAUGUAUUGCAUGCAUGUUACUACGAAAGAUGAGGAGGGACCUCAGACUUCACACUUUACACUUCAGAUUUCAGUAGACAGACCUACAAAGUUUGAACUAGGGAUUUCUGACUUCAGACGCAAUUCUGGCAUGUUGCCAUAUGUUGCUGUGUAUUAAGUGAUAUAAACAAUGUAUAAACGAUAGGUUAAACCUGCAUAGCUGCACUGCAAGCAUAACACAGCUGGAGAUGCAAAACAUGUUUUUAGAUGACGAGUAAAGAUAACCUGUACAAAAAAAGUAAACGUCUGUUUAGCUGUUUCAUUUAACUAAAAAGUGGAUCCAGUUAGGCAUCACUUUGAACAACAAUCUAAAGCAUACCAAACAUAACUGCGUGAGGAACUUACACAGCAACAUGUAAGAACUGCAUUUGAUGUCAUAAAUCAGAGAUCUGGAGUUCAGCUUUGUAGUCUGAACUCUGAAGUCCCUCCUCAGCUUUUGUACCUUACAAUCCUGUACCUGUACUGUAUUAUUAGCAGCCUGAGGAUAUAUCUCUUAACUGGAAAAGGGUUUAGUCAGCAGCAAUCUUUCAUUUUAAAUUAAGAGUCAAUGAAUGCUCUUGUACCCCUGACAUGGAAAUUGUUGAAGGGAUGCAUGAAAAAAAGCCCAGUUAUUGACCAGGGUUGUCACUAAGAUUUCAAGGUGCCGGGUAAAUACAAUAAGUAGGCGGGGAAUCAAACAGCUAAGGGUUUCUUUUGGUUCCAUUUUCUUUUCUUUUCCUUUGAAAGUAGCCGGGGGCCAUGUUCAUAGUAGCCGGGGGAAAUCCCCGACCCCUGCCUGUUAAUGACAGCCCUGUUGACUUUCAAUAAAGUUGCAUCUUUGUUAUUUCAAGGUGACUGACAAAAGUGCUGUCCAAAAGCCCAGGGCUAGUGUACAGCAGAGACCCAUUGGGCUAGCAAUUAUUGUAACUACAGUCGACAUCCCGCUACAUGUAACUCAAACCUUCUAGGAAAAUAAUAAAAAGUGUAGGUUAUCAGGAGUUCAAAACAAAUAACCAGAAAUAAGGAAAUAAACAAAUGGAAGGGGAGGGAAUACAAGUAUCAUGCAUACUACACUUCAAGAACAGCAAGAGAUAUAGAUUGAUAUUUUGAAAAAGGAGUUAAGUAACAAAGCUCGAUUAAUAUACAGGGAUGGACACUGAAUUUGAACUUGUGUUACAAAAAAGUGACGCGAUUGUUUUGAAAUAAAUUCAGUGUUUUGGUCUUCAGAACACUGUUUUCUUUUUGCAACUUGUCACGCACUUAAAACGAGGUUCGAGUUAUCAAGCGUAAAAUUGUCAGUAUAGAAAUGACCUGAAGGGAAACAAAAAUUACUUCAAGUUAGCAGGAGUUUCAAGUUACCGAGGCUAACAUUACAGUAAUGUAUGAAGGAAAUCCAGGGGAAAUCAUUAAAUCAACUUUGGUGUGAGUAAACACGAGGGUUCGAGUUAGCAGGUCGAGUCAACCCUACAAUGUAGGAGGCAUGAAAGCAGCUAACUUGCAAAGAUAUAAAAGGAGGAAAUACAAGUAGAAAGGGAGAUUAGUAGGCCAUUAGGACUACUCCAAGGUUGUAAACCUUAGCAACAACUGUCUUGAGGAGCAAGCAAUUCUCUUAAAAUAUUCCUCUCACCCUGUAAAUAAUUAUUUUAUUCAUUAACAGCUUCAGAACUUGGGCAGCACAAUGUGUCUGGACACUCCUGGUCAUGUGGCUAAAAAGAAAGCUGCUGUUGUGUUGCGCAACUGUCAGGAGACAAAUGCAAAGGUGACGACAAGACAUGUAUAGCAAAAUACUAUUCUAAUUUUGCAAAUACAUUAAAACAAAGAAUGCAUGCAGGUUAAAAGACAUGUAAUGGGUGCUCCAGAUUGUGAGUUCUUUAGUCACAGAUUAUAAUCAUGAAAGAAGACCUCAACCUAUGUCUACAAAUAAUAUUGCUAAUUGAUUGACUUGGGUUCCCUAGAAAAUGGGCGCUUGUGACUGUUUACUAGGUCAUUACAAAGCACCCCUUUUCUAGGAACCCCUUUAUUUAUUGUUUGAGCAAUGAGGUGUUAGCUUUGAGGAACAUUGUAACUUAAACUAAACUCAGCUGAAUUUGAUUCCUGUCAUUAAGCUGUUGAAAUAGCAUUAAAAACUAGAUUUUAAAUGAAAUAUAUUAUUUUUGCAAAAUUAAUGUUUGCACUUCUUUGGCUAUAAUAUCAUGAUGGCAUAACUCGGGCUUGUUCGUAAAAGGAUAAACUUUGUCUGGUUAUAUUGGAUCCUGUUGGAAAGGCUAUUUUGUCUCUGACUGUCAACAUAAUAUUUCUUUGUUACAGUUCUGGUCUCUAAAUGAACUAAAUGAGUUGAAGAUAGACAGUCUUCUCUGCUUGGACAUGAACAGAAAUGAAGUACCAAAAGUAAUGAAAUGUCACAGUCAAGGAGGGACACAGUUGUGGUACCAUAACAAGGUAUGUGUAUGCUGUUUAUUGAGCCGGCCCUUAAUUAAGGGAUAGGAGUUACUUGGAGGAAUCAACUACAUCAUAUUUCAUAGUGAUGGAAGCUCAAUUAUAAUUCAAUCUGCCAUUCACAAUGCAUGUGCAUGCAUUUUACAUGAUUCACUCAUUCAAGUACAUGUAGUUACAGAUCUUAGCUUUCUUUACAGUCAACUCUCUGCUUGAGUUUGCUUUUGUUUGAAUUUUAGCCCAUUUUCCCAUAAAGGUCAAAAUUAUUAUAAAUGGUUCGUAGUUAGGUGGUUCUUGUAAAUGAAAAGUCCUUCAGUAAGCUUUUGUGGUCAAGAUGGCUGGAUGUUGGCCAUGGUCUUUUCUGGUGUUAUUGAUGUUGACUUUGGUUUGGUCCAUAAAAAUGCAAUUCUUAGACCUGUACAUGUCCCUGUAAAAUAAUAAAUUUCAAAGAAGUCCCCAUUUUUAGUGAAGUUGUCCACAGAUUCUCAAGUAUGGACUUUGUACGAUGUAAAUAAGGUGCACAUAAUAAAAUGCUGUAAGGUUCUCUGCUGUAAGUUGAUGUGACUCAUUGUGUUAAGCAUUUAUUUAACAGUUUGUUUUCCUUUCAGAAGACUCUGCAGAUAUACCACACAGCAUCUGGUAUGUGCAUGGCUGCUACUGGAAAGAAUUCUAUCAAGAUGGCAAUUUGUGAUGACCAUCCUUUGCAGCAGUGGCAGUUUACUUAUGAUUAGGAUAAUUACCAAAUAAAAAAUAGAACUAACUUUUUAGGUUUCAGAUAUUUUUGUAAAUAAAACAUUUCACACUUGUAAAAAGUUAUACUAACUGCCACGUUAGAACAAUUUGUAUUCUGAAAUUUUGUUUUAUAUCAUAACUAGUUUUUCAGAUGUAGUCACAAAGGCUAUAUUUUUUGUGCCAAAACAGUAAUAAGGCAGCCAUGUUGGUGUACCAAAUAAUUCCUGUAAUAAUUGAACUUUUUUUUUGUGGAAAACUUUUCCCAGCGGUAGUUCGGAAAAUGUGCCCUAAGCCUAUAAAGUUUUCACUAUUUUUCAAGAAAAUAGACCAGUUUUAUUGUGUUCAAAAUCAUACUUUGCUCUGAGGCUUUUUGGCAAAAAAUUUCAAAAAAAGCAAUAAGAUUUAGGAAUAAAAAAAUAAUUUUCUUUCGUUUUAUUCACCCAAGCGUCGGAGCCAAGUAUGAAUAAAUUAUAAAAUAUUGAAAUUGGUGUAUGUGCAUAGACACUGACUAUGUCAGAGAAAGUUCAGUCUGUUGUUUAAAUAGCAGUAGCAAAGAAAUAAACUCAACUGGUACAUUAUUUAAUUGUUAUUAUGAGAAAUGUAACAUGAAGAGUACAUUAUUGUUGACUUGUUUACACCAUAAGCCAGUGUCACGCUUCUCAUAAGACAGGAGCUUUUUAAAACAUAGAGCAAUGGGCUAUGGCCAAGGUCAGAUCCCUCAAAUAAGGAAAUGAGCAGAUCCAACCUGUCCCAAAUUAUUCGUAG